CGUUUCCUGAUUAGCUUUCACAAGAUGCAGAGCUUUCUUCUUAUGAUCAUGGGUUCACUUUUUGCUAUCCACCAAUGUAAUGCGACAAGUGAACCUCCAACAGUAGUACCAUCAUGUAGCACUUGCACUUCAAAGAGUAGUCAUACAGGUGGUCUAAGCACAGUUUGGCUCAUCGUAAUAAUAUCAGUGGUGUUCGCAGUCAUUUGGUUUUUCCUUACAUGUGGCGUUAUAUGUUGUUGCCGCUGUCUAAAGAGAAUUAGGUCCCAAAAAUACACAACCGAUAUAGAUACAACUACACAAGAAGAUAUAGUUCCCAGGGAUGUUAAUGCAGAAGAAAAUCGCGUGGCAGAAGAGGAAGAAGCAGCAAACGAAGAUGAUCCAACUUACACUGAAUUAAGGGCAUGGAAAGAAGCAGAUUCGGAGUAUGCAGAGUUGAAAACUGUAAGAGAUGCACAGAGCAACUAUCAAUCAUUGGUUGCACGGUAGACAUUAACGCCUGUGUUCUAAAAGCUCACUCACACUCAAACUCAUUGAGUGGGAGAUCUUAAUCUUCUCAUAAC